CCUCGGGGUAAAUCAAUGAAAGCAUUGAUUUUCUUUAGGUGGGUGGAGGAGAGUGAGUUGUUUAAACAAAAUGAGCAGACUUAUAAUGCUAUGGCCAGGGUGUUGGGGAGGGAAGAUUGUAUCAAUAGGUUUUGGAAGGUUGUUGAUGAGAUGAGAAGCAAUGGUUAUGAAAUGGAGUACGAGACAUGUGUUAAGGUUUUGGGACGGUUUUGUAAAAGGAAAAUGAUUAAGGAUGCUGUGGAUUUGUAUCAGUUUGCCAUGGCUGGUGCACAUGAGCCUUCAGUGAAUUGUUGUAUCUUCCUAUUGAGGAAAGUAGCAGUUGGUAGACAAUUCGAUAUGCACCUAUUUUCUAUGGUUGUGAGGAUCUUUACUGAAAGUGGGAAUGUGAUGAAAAAUUAUAUGCUUGAUGCAGUUCUCAAGUCUUUAACCAGCGUUGGUAGAUUCAGAGAAUGCAAUAAGGUUCUGAAAGCAACGGAGGAAGGUGGGUUUGCAGCCAACCGUCAUUUACAUGGUAAAAUUGUGUUCAGACUUAGUAGUUCUGGUAAAAAGGAAGAGGCAAGAGAACUUAUGGAGAAUUUGGAAACAUCUGGGUCCAAUCUAGAUCACAGGACAUGGGCUUCUUUCAUAGAGAGGAACUGUGUAGCUGGCGACCUUGAUAAGGCUUAUGAUUGUUUCCAAAAUAUGGUUGAAAAAGAGGGAGUCUCUUCUCCUGGUUAUGUAUUUAGCAUUUUGGUGGAUUUGUAUUGCCAAAAGAAUAGGGCAAUAGAUGCAUGCAAGCAUCUGGUUGAUCUGGUCAGUGUAAAACAGUUAAAACCUUGGCAUACUACAUAUAAAGAGUUGAUAAAUAAGUUGCUGGUUCAGGGUGGGUUUAAAGAUGCUUUAAAUCUUUUGGGUUUGAUGAAAAAUCAAGGGUUUCUGCCUUACGUGGAUCCAUUUAUCAAGUUUGUAUCAAAGUCAGGAACUGGUGAUGAUCCGAUUGCCUUUCUGAAGCAAAUGACUUCAAAGAGGUAUCCGGCAACAUCCGUGUUCCUCCACAUGUUUGAAGCCUUCUUAAAGUCUGGAAGGCAUACUGCAGCCCAAACUUUGCUUUCAAUUCGCGACCAUGCAGAUGUCUUGAAUCUCUUCUGUUCCUCUUAG